AACCCAACAAGCUAUGAUUUUCUAUGAAUUCGGAACUUUCCGCGUAGAAGAAAUACAAUUUUCUAAUCCCAAUUUUCAAUUCUCAUUUUCAAAAAAAAAAAAUUACGCGUUAUCUGGCAGUCUCUGCAGACCAAGUCAUCACUGGAGAAAACAUUUAAAAAAAAAAAAGGAAAAAUCUGAUUCUUCUGUGUUCUUUAUAAUUCACAAUCAUUGAGCUUCCUGGGUUAACCAGAUCUGCAACCACAAAAUCAUGAGCUAUUCAUUCCAAAGUGACUUUGAUAAAUCUCAAGAAGAUGCAGAGAGUGUGUUUACCAAAUUCUCUGAUCAGGCUGAUUCCACCAUGAGAUGGGCAUUAGCGGGAUCCAUUGUUAUGAGUGUGGUGAUAACUGUAGCAAUUGUAGCUAUAGUUUAUGCCCUUAUUGACUGCCUGAAGAAAGCAGGAAGUGCAAUUCCUGAAUAUGCCCGAAUUUCUACAAGUGAGAAAUUAGACAAAGUUUCAACUGAUCAUGUGGCAGUAACAGUAGAGGAGCCUGAUCAAUUCCCAGUGGUUAGAGAUUCACAGGUUCACUUUCCAACAAUGGAGAGAUUCCUCAGUAAUAUUGCAAGGGAGAAGCCCAUCAGGUUUUCACCUGAGCAGAUUGAAGAAUUCACCAAUAAUUGUUCUACAGUAUUGGGUUCAGGGGCUUAUGGAGUAGUCUUUAAAGGAAUGUUUCCAAAUGAAGUCCCUGUGGCUGUCAAAGUUCUCACCAACCAUUCCGGAAAUAAGAAAAUGGAAGAGCAGUUCAUGGCAGAAAUAUCCACCAUAGGAAGAACUUAUCAUGUCAAUUUGGUUAGACUGUACGGCUUCUGCUUUGAUCCUUCUAUGAUGGCUCUUGUUUAUGAGUACAUGGAGAAUGGAUCUCUUAACAAGGUGCUAUUCGACGAAAUGCGAGAGAUUGAGUGGCAGAAGCUGUAUGAGAUUGCAAUAGGAACUGCGAAAGCCAUAGCCUACUUGCAUGAAGAAUGCGAACAAAGGAUUAUUCACUACGAUAUAAAACCUGAAAACAUACUUCUUGAUCAUUCUUUGAAUCCCAAGGUCGCAGAUUUUGGGCUGGCCAAGUUAUGCAAUAGAGAGAGUAGUAAGGUAACUUUAAGUGGUGGUAGAGGAACGCUUGGAUACUCAGCCCCGGAGGUCUGGCGUAGGAACCAUCCGGUGACCCACAAGUGCGAUGUUUACAGUUUUGGAAUUAUGAUGUUCGAAAUUGUUGGAAGGAGAAGACAUUUUGAUGCCAAUUUGAGUGAGUCUCGUCAAUGGCUUCCAAGAUGGACAUGGGAUAUGUACAGAAAUAAUGAACUUGAAAUGAUGUUGUCUCUUUGUGGGAUUGAACAGAAGCAUAGAGAGAAAGCAGAGAGAAUGGCUACUGUGGCUUUGCAAUGUAUUCAUCAUUCACCUGAUGCGAGACCUGUAAUGAGCGAUGUGGUGAAGAUUCUUGAGGGAAGCAUGAAAAUAAUGCAGCAACCUCCAAACCCAUUUGAGGAUUUGGAAUCUUUUCGACCCAACAAUAUUGGAUUGCUCUUGGGAACUGAUGAAGAUUCAAGCUCUACUUCAAGAAGAUAUAUUUCUGAGCCACCUUAUCUGGUUCCUAAGGGUGGAACGGAAAUUGAGUUAGCUACUUGUUAGAGCUUCUUCUUCUUCCUUUCUUUUUUUUUUUUUUUUUAAUUAUUUUUUUAUCUGGCUUUUUUUAUUAUUGGUAAGUACUAGACAUAACUAAAAU